AUGAAUUUCUGCGAAAAUAAACGCUGCAAUUGCAUUGGAAAUGCAUUUUGCCUAUGCAUGCAUAUUAAAAUGGCGACGGCGAAUCAGCCCUUUUUCUCAACACCUGUAGCCGAUGUCCCACAGGUCGUCGGAGACCUUGUGGAAGGGAAUUUGGCCCUCGGCAUAUGUAUCCAGCUAGGUUUUUCCUUGAUACAGUGGAGCGCAACGUCAAAUUUGGUUGACCGCAGCUCAUUCUGAGGUCAGGGGUUUUUUACCUCAGGGGAAAUUGUUUCCAAGGUUGGAAGGGGGGCUAUACCAAGGAUACCCACUUGAUUAAUCGGGCAACUUCCUAGCAUGAAACUGGGCGUUACGUCCCAGGCUUUGGAUUUCCAUUUUGGCCGAGAGUUCUACCAGAAAAUUUGUUUUUCAAAUUUUCGGAAUGGGCAACUCUGUUGGCGUACGGCACGGUGGAGUAACUCAUCCAACUUCGGGUAGCGAGUGCACAUUCUCGUCCAGAAGAAGCAACACUUUGAAGGCUGUAAGACGGUUGGUGGUGAGCAGCCGAGUGGAGCGUUUACGGGUGAAGGUAGGCCUUAGGUGGGAAUUACGGUGGACUUCUCUAUAUAUUAAGUUAAAAUUAAAAAGCAUUUUGUCUAUGCAAAUCAAAAUUUUACUGUGAAAAGCAUCUGAAAGAGCACCUUCAAGCUGAAUCAAAAAAUCAUAAAUUUGGAUUUUCUUAUAAUAAUCCAGAUUUGACAACCAAAGACGAUAUUCUGAGCUUUCUAGAUUCUCUUAUUGUAUUUAAAAAGAGACAUAAAUAUAGUCAAAUUAUAUCCUCUAUUGAAGAAGGUUCUUGCUUAAUGAAAGAAUGAUACCAAAAAUUAAAAAAAAUAGUCGAAGAUAUAGAUUAUUAUCAAUUUUUAAUUAUCGAAAUUGGUAAUGUCAAGAACUUUCUCUAA